AUGGCCAAAUACUUUUUACUGUUAUUGCAAUUACUAUGCCUUGCCUUGGCAUUACCUGUCGAAAAGAACACGACACAAAUACAAAACGCUAACAUAACAAAAGAGUUAUUUAGUUUAGCUAAGAGUUGCGAAAACUCAUUCUUGGCCGAAUUAAUUAAAAGUCAGUUGGAAUACUGCAAAACUACGCCAGGAGAUAAUCAUGUAAAUCUGGAUUGUUUAAUAUUUUAUGAAAUAAACAGUCAAUUAUGUACAGCAUUUGGUCGAUCAGAAAUAGAUCUAAAAUUAAAUUACACCAACAAAAUAAAUCUUACUUACAAUGUACUAACAUUAUGUGAAGAUGCAAAAGAAUGGAAAUCUGUUACACCACAGUACAAAGCUAUUUUGGACACAUUAUUCAAAACAAAAGUGGUUUGUGUUAGAGUGUGUAGUAUUCAUGAUACAUUUAGUGAAGAUUCAAACUUUUUCUGUAAAUAUUUCAAAUGGGGUACAGAUUUGCUAACGCUACAAAAAAAGUCUAUAGCAGAAGUUAGUACCAACGAACCCCCUAACCUAGAAGUUUUACCUGAAACUAAGUCCCAAGAAGCUAUAACAACAAACAAUGCUCCUAUUUCACAAAUUUUAAAUAAUGAGUCACAACAACAUAAGGAUUUGUCUGAUAAAUCUACUAAGCAGGAAAUUCCUAUACAAACUGAUGUGAUAAAGCAAGAUACAACUAAAAAGAGUCAACCAGUAUUUAAUAUAUCAACAACAAAAGUGGAAGAAAAGGAGCCAAAUGAGAUAAAUGAUAUAUCACAGUCAAACUUAAUAUCCAACAAAAAACCCACAAACAUAGAAGAAACAUUGAAAGUUGAUGUUGAUAAGGAAAUUAAAGAUAUUGAGAAAGAAAAUGAUUUUAAACCAGUGGCUGAUAAUCCAAAAGCUAAUCUUGAACAGGAUUUGGAUGAUACAAACAAUGAUUUUGGAAAUGACCUUGAUUCAGAUGACGAUCCACUAUCAGAUGCAGACAAUAUUAAUGAAGGAAAUGAAGUGGAGCCAAAAAUCGAAAAGCCCUUAAAGGAGAAUUCUAGUAUUAAUAAAUUACCACACACAUCAUUUAUGGAUAUCCCCCAAAGAGAAGUGUAUCCGAAUGCAAUACAAGACACUAUGUCGGAGGAGGAUGACCACUUCUUUCCAUUCUUCCUGACAAGCAUUGUUUUUGUGGUUCUCCUCUAUAUUCUAUACCAUAACAAGAGCAGACUUACAAAACUGAUUUUGGGUCUCAUUGUAGAAGGACGUCAAACGAAUCGCAGAAGAAAUAGCCGAGGUCAUGCAUACAGACGACUCGACACUCUUGAGCAAGCAAUGAGUGCCAAUAGUACAGCGCCACCUAGUAAAAUUAUAUACUAA